GUUUGGGCGCAGUCUUUUGAUUGACAUGUGAAAGGUCACAGGACAGAGCUGUCUGCAUUCGGCGGCUCGCAGCUCUGUGAAGACUGCUCCUCUAGGUUUCUAGCUAUGCUGAGGUCACACCGUCACAGCUAGUGGAAAUGUAAACCACUUUGGCAGAGCAUGGCCCGUGUCAGUUACUCACUCUCUGGCUGUCUGUCAAACAAGAUGUUUGCCUUGUUGAUGAAGACGAGGAUUGUUUUAAUUGAGUCUCAGAUCCCCAAAAUAAAACACCCAUGAUCCACUCAUCCAUUCAGAGAAAGUUCAUCGUUCUUCUAAACUAUAAUAAAUGAUGUAAAUGUGAACUUCCAGUGGCUGGGAGGGGUUAACAAUGAGCGGUCUGGUCUUUCUGCUCCCUCCUCGCUCUGUCUGCUGGUGGAGCAGAGAUGUUGUCUCCUCUGUGGGAGUCCCAGUUUCACUGGAGCUGCUAACAGUGAAUGGAGAGCCCCGAAGAACAAGGUCCUUGUGCUUUUUUAACAAACCUCUGGUGCUGUCAGGAGCCCACAUUGAGAUACUCUGUGCUUACGGCUGGACGGCCAGACAGCAUGGCCUGCUUAGGACUGGAGACUCACAACAUAUGCAGGGGAAACUUCAUACCAGGUUCUGCAGCUGGCUGCUCGACUCUGAGAGUUCUCCAGCUGAGGCUACAGCAGAGACGCACUCGCGAGCAGCUCGUUGAUCAGGGCAUCAUGCCACCCCUGAAGAGCCCUGCAGCAUUCCAUGAACAAAUCCGCAGCCUUGAGAGAGCCAGGACUGAAAAUUUCCUAAAGCACAAAAUACGCAGCCGUCCAGAAAGGGCCGAGCUGGUCCGCAUGCACAUCUUACAAGAGACGGUGGCGGAGCCUUCUCUGCAGGCCACUCAGCUGAAAUUGAAGAGAGCUCGAUUGGCUGAUGACCUGAAUGAGAAGAUCGCUCAACGCCCCGGCCCCAUGGAGCUGGUGGAGAAGAAUAUCCUGCCUGUGGACUCCAGCGUAAAGGAGGCCAUUAUUGAUGGUCAGAUGCAGUACCCUAAAACUCUAGAGGAACUGGCAGAUGAGGACAGUGGAGAUGCUUUUUCACCUGAGCAGCCAGCCAGUCAGGAGUCCCAGGGUUCUGUAGCCUCACCGGGAGAUGUCCGGACUAUUGAAGAGUCCUCACCAUUGUCUAAUAACUUGUUACAGGUAGUCCUGCCACCUCCUUUUCACUUCAGGGACGAAACACUAAGAGCACAUGGUGCCAAAAAAACAGAAUUUUUUAAUUCAGGUUUUUCACAGCACUUCCCUGCAGUGACCACCCCUUCAACAGAUUUCCUCAAGCCUUUUUCUGCCAAUGAGCAAUCAGUUAUCCCUCCAGCGCCCAUGCCACAGCUAGUCACCGUGGCCCCUGUGAAGUCUGGACCCACCCUUGUAAAGCAAAGUCAGCCCAAGUUACCUGGGGACAAGAGUCGCAGCAAGAAGAGUAAGGAGGCCAAGCCACGUGUGAAAAAGUUAAAAUAUCAUCAGUACAUUCCCCCAGACCAGAAACAAGAACUCAACCAAGCCCCGAUGGACUCCUCAUAUGCUCGUUUACUACAACAGCAGCAGCUCUUUUUGCAGCUACAGAUCCUGAGCCAACAGCAACAGCAGCACUAUAACUACCAGACUAUCCUUCCUGCGCCUCUCAAGCCUGUGUUGGAAGGCCAAAACAGCAGUGCUACAUUGGCUAUCAACAGCGCAAGCAGCCUUCCUGCCUCAAUUGUAGUGUCUCUGCCCACAGCAACACCUGUGCGGCCCAACAGCACCCUUUCCAACCGCAAGGCAGGGACACUACCUGCCAAUCUGGAGGAGAUGAAGGUGGCAGAGCUGAAAAUGGAGUUAAAAUUACGUGGUCUUCCAGUGUCAGGAACAAAAAUAGAUCUUAUUGAACGGCUUAAGCCUUUCCAAGAAAACAGUGUCACUACUACACCCAAAAACUGCACAGGACCAAGCAUACAGCCCUGUAGCACACCUAUGGAGGUGUCCAGCACCACAACAACUCUAUCGCCCAUCCAACAGCGCUCUGAAAAUCUGAGCUCCACCCCACCUGUGUCUCCUGGCUCCUCAGAGCUUCACAGCAAAGGUGACGCAUCCACAGAGGAACAGGCAGAGGGCCAACACCGCAGUUUAGUAAAGGCAGCUCCUGUUCCCGAGGAGCAGGACCGAAGACUACAUGAAAAGGAGCGACAGAUCAGGGAACUUCUGCGUAAACUGGAGCAGGAGCAGAAGCUGGUGGAGGAACUGAAAAUGCAGUUAGAGGUAGAGAAAAGGAGCGGACAGGUCAUUCCACCUGCAGAAAAUAACAACAAUUCCACUCUAGCCACCAUGUUGGCCUCUGUCAAAACAGAAAACACUGUCCUUCCUAACUGCACAGUGAGUUCACACACUACGCCAACGCUGGUGAAGCUCGAGGAGGCCCAUCCCAACCAGGUGACAGCUGCUCCUCUCCAUCAGUUCAUUAUCAGCCACCAAGGAGUUCCACAGGUCAUAGGGCAGCCCCAGACUCUUCUAACCACUCCGCAUGGGGGCACUCAGAUCCUUCUUCCAGUGCCCCUGGCGAAUAAUGCCACUACUAUCCAGCUACCCAACACUAAUGUCAAACUACAGCCAGUUUUGCGGACUGUCUCUCCAUCAGGGCAAGGUCUAAUUCAGACCCCCCAAAUACAGCCCACCAAAGCAGAGAGUCUUACAUCACAACAGCUGCUUAUAGCUCACAACAACAUAGUUCAGACCCUGCCUGUGGGCACCACCAAGAGGUCGGGUUUCCAACACGGUACCAAUGAGAAUCCAGCAGGCCUGGAGAUACCUCAGUGCUUCCUCAGCAGCUCCCCAGAUAACAGGAUCUCACCUCUGACAUCCCCCAUCCCAUCAUCCCUUAUCAAUGGGCCACUAAACAAGACCUCCUUCAUCCAGCAGUCCCCAGUUUUCAAUCAGACGCCCAAGAACAGAGAGCCGCCCGGUUAUGAGGAGGCUGUCAAACAGACCCGCAGCCUACAGAAUCCUGCCGUCUCAGAGAUUCCCACAGCAACGAGUCAACAGAUGGAUGAUCUCUUUGACAUUUUAAUAGAAAGUGGAGAGAUCACUCCCUUUAGUCAACAGGACCCAUCUAUACCUAAGAUGAUGCCCGUUACGGCCAGCAUAACCACCCUGCCUAUCAACACCGCCCUGUCCCGACCACCUGCCCAGGUGCAGAUGGCACCCCCGCCGGAGCUGAUGUUGGAGCCCAUGCCCAGCCUGGCCUCCCUGGACUCUGACAACCAGUUGGAGGCUCUGCUGGAGGGCACACUGGUGGGGGACGCAGAGCCAGAGCAGAGGACUUUGAGCCUGCUGGAGGAGCUGCAAAACCAAAUGCUGGAGCAGCCAAACUCCCCUAUGGACACGUCUGAGUUGGGAUUCAGCGACCCACCUGCACCUUCCUCUUCCCUGUCCUUUAGUCUCCAAGACACUGGCCUGGACAACAUGGAGUGGCUGGACCUCACAAUGCCUGGGCCCAUUGGUGGACUCAAUCCAUUGGGCAUCACCUCAGAAUUCCUGGACACUCAUGACCUGCAGCUGCACUGGGACUGAGAGGAAUCGCUUCAAACACGGUUAUACUUUCACUCGCACAACAAGUCGUGUGUCUGUGGGGCGUACAGUAGGGGAAGAAGGGAUUGUCAUUGUGGCGGCGGUUCACGUCUGGCAGCUUUAUGUGACUAGACUCCAGCUCAGCUGUACACUUCACUUAUGCUGGUUCUAAUCACCAUCUGUUCUCUUUCACAUUAUUGCUCCUGUUUGAUCAGAAAAGGCACACAAGCCUUGUGGGGAAUGCUGGCUAGGUGCUGAAUGUGCUCUCUUUGCUGUGCCAUUCUGAGAGGGAGUUGCUUUUGGGCAGAUGGAAUUCUGCUGUAUUGCUAUUUUGGCUUUUUCAUUCAUGUGCCAUUGACUUCAGAUUGGUUGCAGUGAGUCUCUAAAUAUCCUCACUGCUAAUUUUAAGGAAGGGUAAGCUGUCAGUUCCAGACGAUGUGGCAUCACAGUAGAAUUCAGUAUGUUUGCCAAAUAAUGACGCCAUUAGUGCUCCAGUACGUAAUCAUGAGUGUCUGUGUGGAGGAUGAGAAUGUCAGAUUCAACCUGGCAGCUAAGCCACAUUUCCCAGAAUCCCCUUUUCCACCGCUGACUGCAGCAAUAUCCUGUUUUCUGCGAGAUUUGCUGGCAAAUAUACUACCAUUCAAAAGUUUGGGAUCAGUAAGAUUUUUUAAAACAGAAAUUAAUUUUUGCUGUUCAGGAAAGUGACAUUAAAGACAUUUAUAAUGUUACAAAAUAUGUAUCAGAAAAAAUGAACAUGAAAAAUUUCUCUGGACUGUUGGCUGCUGAAAAUUCAGGUUUGUCAUCACAGGAGUACAUGACAUUUUUGAUUAUAUUAAACUAGGAAACAGUUAUUUUAUAUUAUAGAAAUAUUUUACAGUUUUAUAGUUUUUACUAUACUUUGAUCGAAUGCAUCCUAGUGAGCAUUCAAAUUCUUUCCAAAAACAAAACCCCCCAAAAAUCUUACAGACCCUAAACUUCCAAACGGUAGUAUAGUUUGAGACGACUGGCUGCUGACCAGAGGAAUGCAUUCAGGUUUUAUAAAGUGGCUUCAAUUGCAGAUUUUCUGUAAACAUGAAAAACUAAUUUGGAUGAGGUUGCAAAGAGCAUUUGGUUUGAUUGGGAUCUGAGAAUUGCAGACUUUUUUUUUUAAAUCCUGGACACAUGGAAAUUUUGUUUCAGUUAAUCAGCCAUCUCAAUUUCAGCCCUUUAUAUAUAUAUAUAAAGAAUAGAAAAAAGAAAAAAGAAUUUUGUCUGACUUGUUGGAUGUCCGACCCCUCGUCUUUGUGAAUUGUUUGUGAAUCUGUGUGUCUGUGUGUGAUUUUAUUUUUCAUCACUUCAGUGGAACGUUGUGUGUUUGACUCAACUGACUUUAGGUGCAUCAUACUGUAAAAAAAGUUCCAAUUUUUUUUUUUUCAAUGUUUUUCUCAGUUCGGUUCUUGUAGUGGUUCCUAUAUUUUGAGUUCUGACUGAUAUAUGUAUUUUUGAUGCCAUGGAACAAAUUUCCAUUAGAGAUGCAGCUAUUGCAAAGCGAUCAUGUAAAUGAAGCCAUCCGAAGUGACAGUCGACACUAAAAACAGUGAUCUCUAGCAGCACUAUAUAUAUUAUGUAUGAACACGGGGCAUCUUUGUACUGGUUAUUCCUCCUGUAAAUGGAGUUUUGAAAAUGCAAAGCUCUCUGGAGUUUUAGAAGUGAAGCCGACAGCUGAAGUGGUAACUGAUGACUUUACUCCAUGUUAAAUGUCACUUGCAGCUUAAUAAUUUGUUUGUUGAGGGAAUCCGAGAACAAAUUGAUCCAAAUUUGUCUGCUUUUGUUGUUCAGAAUUUUUUAACAGGCCUGUUUUUUAAGGUUCCUAUACUAAAUAUUUGCAUGUUGGGUGCAUGUGUUUGUACGGCUGAGCGUCUCUGUUUUACUGUCUUUGUUCAAGUUGAACUGUUCGAAAUUGCUACAGACCGUCCAAAUGUUUAAAUGAACAACAUUUUAUGUUUGCAAAUAUCUUGGCAGCAUGUGAAAAAAUUUCAUAUUUAAUGAUUUCUUCUAGAAAAACAUCCUCUUGGUGUUUUUUUAUUCUGAUUUUAUCUGUGCUUUUCUUUCAUGAUUUAAUGUUGUCAACCACUUAAUGGAUUGUUUAUGUACCUUUCCAUUCAGCGAGGCAAUACGCGUCCACUGGCUUUGAACUAACAUCUUUCAGAUUAUCAGUUUGUUCUGAAGGGACACAUUAUUUGUACAAGUACAAGAUGUACAGCACUUUCCUGCUGCAGUGAUGAACUGCUCAUCACCGUUAGAUCAAACCGCACAACGUCAAAGCGUCUUUACAGAUGCGCUUUUAUAAAAGAGAACUUUUAUCAGCUUUUUGUGCUUCAGUGUUACGUGUGUCGUCUGCUUACUAAACGAACGAUUAACAAUGCUCAUCGGCUCUGUUUUUAAGGCUUUGUUUGUAAUGUCCACUCUGCAUACUGUACAAAUUUUGGCCUCUCCAGGGAAGAACAAAAUUCCAAAUACUAGUCCUAACUAGUAUAAUCUUUCAGUUUGGGGGCAAAUUUAGUCCAGUAAGGAAUAAUGCACGUGUCGGACUGUUCAGAGCAGUUUUUGGCAUUGCUCGUGCAAUGUUUUAAUAAACUAUUACUCUGAAAAGCAAGUGGAGGAGAAAGAAUAUGAUACAAACUGACGUGGCUAGGUUUCUGUCAUGUGAUGUUAUUAAGGCCUUUUGUGGCAUUAAAACUUAUAAACAAAGAGCCCAAAUAUUGUACUAUGCCGCUUCAUGUAGAUACAUACAGUACUGUUCAGAAAUUCGGGGUCAGUAGGUGUUUUUCCUCCUAAGAAAUUCAUACUUUUAUACAGCAAGGGCACCUUAACUUGAUUUAAAGUAAUAGUAAAUACAUUUGUUACAAAAUAUUUAUAUUUCAAAUAAAUUAAGUUCUUUUCAUAUUUCUUCCACAAAGAUAUCAGUAUUGAUAAUGUUUCUUGGGCACCAAAUCAGCAUAUUAGAAUUAUUUCAAGGAUAAUUUGACGAUGACUGGAGUAAUGGAGUAAAAAAUCUUCACAGGAAUAAAUCAUUUUCAACUGUAUUAUUUAAUAGAAACAAGUUAUUUUAAAGCAGCUGUAUGUAAGGUCUUGAAAACUAUUUUUUAAUUGUAUAAUGAUAUCUAAUAAGACGAUGGCUUCAGUCCCAUGCCCCCUGAAUGUUCGUUCUGGGAGUUUGGAAGUUCGGUAAGUCAGUCCGAAAAGCUUUGAAAAGGGCAGAUUGCUUUGCGGCAGCAACAAAUUCACGUGUACUAAAGAACACUACAAAGUCACAAAACUACAUACAGUUGCUUUAGUACUGUAUUUUUUCUUAAACAAAUGCAGCUUUCGUGAGAAUAAGAGA